UGUCACUCAUAAAGGUGAGAAAUGUAAAAAGCUCACAGAACAACGCCGUAAAAAGUGGAUUUUUAACGUACGUCUGCGGUCGGGAGGAGCAGAGUCUGUUAAUGCCCGUGUCUGCAGCGACCACUUCGUCGGAGGUUGCCCUAGCGCUUUGGGUGACGUUGAGUCGGUAGAUUGGGCUCCGACGGUCAACCUAGGUUACCAAAAAACUAAGCCCAAAUCAGAGGCUUCUCUUAAACGAGAGGAAAGGAUGAAGAUCAAGGAAGACCAACAAAGACGGUCGGAAUGUGCAGAUGCUAUGUUGGAUCUCCAACAGACAGAUGAGAGCCCGGAUCUGACGCAGACAGCCGAAAGCUCAGAACCGAAGCAGCCAGCUGACAACAACCCACAAUCAGAGGGGAUCAGUGGGAAUGGGACAUUAAAUGGUAAAGGCUAUGUAGAUGCCGGAUGCCAGACUGAGCUAACAAUGGAUGACAUUGAGAAGAUGGAGGAUGUUCUGAGACAAAACACAACAGAGCUGGGAGAUCUUCGAGCCAAAGCACUGGACACACAGUUCAACAAGGAGUCCUUUGAAAAAAACGAAGACAAGACAAUGUUCUACACGGGGCUCCCGAACUUCUUAGUUUUAAUUCAGAUUUUUGAGCUGUGCAAACCCUACAUCAGCUGUGGUCCUAUGUCUGUGCUGUCUAAAUUUGAACAGUUCAUUUUAGUUUUGAUGAAGCUGAGACUAAAUCUCCCGCUGAAAGAUUUAGCUUUCAGGUUCAAGAUCUCUCUGCCAACUGCUUCUAGAGUUUGGCAUAAAGUAAUUGACAUACUUCAUGAAAGGUUGGAAUUUCAAAUUGAGUGGCCAGAGCGACAUGUUCUUCAAGCUACAAUGCCAAUGGGAUUCAGACAGGCAUUUGGAUGUAAAGUUGCUGUGAUAGUUGACUGUUUCGAAGUUUUUAUUGAGAAGCCCUCUAAUUUACUAGCCCAAGCACAAACGUGGUCAAACUACAAGCAUCACCAUACUGUAAAAUUUCUGAUUGUUGCACCCCAAGGCUAUGUCACUUACAUAUCUUGUGCCUGGGGAGGGAGAGUCAGCGAUAAACAGAUCACAAUAGAGAGUGGCCUCCUAAAAAACCUGUUACCUGGAGAUAUUGUCCUAGCAGACCGUGGGUUCAAUAUUGGUGAUAGUGUGGGAUUUUACUGUGCUUCACUACAGAUACCUGCAUUUACCAAGGGGAGAAAACAGCUGUCAGCGUAUGAGGUGGCAGACACAAGAAAAAUAGCGAAUUUGCGUAUUCAUGUUGAGAGAGUUAUCGGUUUAGUCAGAAGAAAAUAUCAGAUUCUGCAAAGCAGGGCUAUGCCCAUAGAGCACAUGGCAACAAAACAAGGUGAGGCACUAGCAUUGAUUGACAAGAUUGGGGUUAUUUGCUGUGUCUUGUCUAAUCUUUCGGAGUCUAUUGUCCCAUUGGAGUAAGGAGGAG